AACUCAUGACUCAUGAGGUAGCUGAUGCUGAUUUAAUUCUCGGCCACUCCCAUAAAUGACACCUUUCAUUUGCCUUUAUAUAAGCAAACUGGCAGUGAAAUUCUGAUUUAGGAUCCUGGAUCUGCAGUCAUAUCAUAAACAUGGGCCUUGAGCUUUAAAGCACAGAGGACUUUCUCUAUGGAAUUCCUUGAACAUCACUGCUUCCCCCACCGGAAUACAAGCUGCUCUCUUGACUUUCAUUUGACUUAUGUCAAUGUAUUUUUGUUCUUGUACAUAUCUGCAGUCUCUGUGCUGACGGUGUGUGGAAAUCUACUUGUCAUCAUCUCGAUAACAGUUUUCAAGCAGCUUCACACACCGACCAACCUCCUCAUCCUCUCACUGGCCCUUUCUGACUUCUUGGUGGGAAUUUGUGUGAUGCCGGUUGAAAGCCUUAGGAGCAUUAACUCCUGUUUUUAUAUGGGAAAGUCGCACUGUCGGAUCUUUCAUGUGAUUAUGUCUGUUAUUGGAUCUGCCUCACUCAUUAAUAUCAUGCUUGUAGCUAUUGAUCGUUAUUUUGCUGUAUGUGAGCCACUCAUGUAUAUGUCUAAAAUGACAAUUAGAAAAACACUGAUGUGCAUAAGUUUAGGAUGGACUGUGUCCUUCUGUUAUAAUCUAGUACCAAUGAAUUUGGGGAAUUCAAACCUGACAGGAACAACUUUCUUCUGUCUAAGAGAAUGUGCAGUAGUUGUCAGCAACGCCUGGGGUCCAGCUGACCUGAUAGUGAGCUUCAUUGCUCCAUGUAUAGUAAUGGUAAUACUGUAUAUAAGAAUUCUCACUGUGGCCUUGAGACAAGCUAAAGCCAUUUCCAUAACUUCAAAGAAAAGGGCAUCUCAGAAAAAUCCGAAAUCAUUCAGGGGAUCAGUACAGGCAACAAAAACAUUGAGUAUAAUUGUCUUCGCGUAUUUCAUGUGCUGGGUUCCCUGGUAUAUAAGUAUGCUUAAUAUGAAACAAUUUCAGAAGUCAUCUGUGAUCCUCUCUGCUUUACUGUGUUUGUUUUACACGAAUUCGUGCAUCAAUCCCUUUAUAUAUGCAAUAUCUUACCCCUGGUUCAAAAGGUCAGUGAAGCUUGUGCUUAGCCUAAAAAUACUGCAGACAGCAACUAACCAGAUGAACUUAUAUCCUGAAGACUGUUAAUAUGAAAAUGCAUGUAUUUGUUACAAAAAUUAUGUUUGCAUUGGUGAUCUUUGUUGGCCUUUUGGCAUCCUUGAUUAUCAUCGUUUAGAAUGACAGUGCAAAAAAAGCUUUAAAAUUAGAUGUUAAAGU